GCGAACCGCAUGUCUUCGCUCCACAUCGCUCUCGAGCAAACGAUUCCUUGAGAAACUUUUCAGUGUGCCAAAUUCAAAUUUAAAUAAAAAGGAAGUCAAAAGAACUCAAUUCCAAAAUUGAAAAUGGAACUCUAUGACGUCAUGUGAACGCAACUAAGUUUACAAAGUGGAUGUAUGAAAACGAUGGUUGUUAAUUAGCGAAGUGAAAUGAAAAGUGAACGGAAAUAUAUCUGUGUGUUAUGAAAAUUUGGGUUUCCACAAUGACUGUCUUGCUUGUUUUUGGACUUUUUGUGGUGAUAGCCACGGCCCACAACAUCACCAACCUCGAAGUCCCCCAAUACGGGGACCCCCGGAAGGAAGCCCGGCUGGAGUGCCACUACGUCAACGAGAGGGGGGACCCCCCUCUGCACUCCGUCAAGUGGUACCGAGACAAUAACGAGAUAUUCCGGUUUACUCCGGAUCAGCAGCCACCAAUCCGCACGUUCAACACGACAACCGGGGGUACCACCAAGGGAUCCUGCACCAUGCACAACUGUACCAUCACUGUGGCUCUCUCCCAGAAGUACAACACGAGGAUAGGCUUCACCUGUGAAGUCUCCACUGAAGGUCCGCGGUUUGCCGUUGUCAAACUCACCAAGUAUCUGACUGUUGCAGUGGCGUUGAAAAAGGACCCAGUGAUCACAGGAGCACCAGCCACGGUACAGAUGAAUGAAGACGUAAUAGUCAACUGCUCCACCGACUACGCUUUCCCACCGGCUAACCUCAUGUGGUACAUCGAUGGGAAACCAGAGAAGAUCGAACCAUGGAUGUCGGACAACACGGAGACGUCAGCGCCCGACGUGGACGGACUCCGAGCGAGUCACAGGGCGCUGCGGCUGAAGAUAGCCACGCCGAGGCCCUAUGUGGACCUCCGGUGCGAGGCCACGCAGCCUGUCAAGCCCCCCCACACGAGGUCCUCAAGCGUGACGAUCUAUGUAGCGCGCUCGCCAGCCAUCUCUAUGUUUACUUCUGCUUCUGGUUCAAUGUUACCAGAAGCGAAAAUCCUAUUGCUAGUAACAUGUAUGUUAUUACAUAUAUUUUCUAAAUACAGUGCCUUGAGAGAAGUGUAGCCGGUUCGAAGCCGGGGUGUGGAAAGUUAGGUUUAGCUAGUAAAGAUUCCACAUUCAGUGCUUACACACUUGGAAAUCGUGAUUUGGUUUAUAUAUAUACACUUUAUUGCACUUAACAACUAGAUACAUCACAAACAAGAAAUGGACGUUUACAAGGGUGGACUUAUCUCUAAGAGAGAUCUGUUCCAGCCAACCCAGAGGUAGUAUUAGAAUGACUGCGGAAGAAUAAAAAGAGGUGCAAUAUAUGAAAUACAUUAUAAUAAUUAUUAUAAUAUUGUCGAACAUAGAAUCUUGUUCUUUUUUCAAGUCGGUUAAAAAUUGUAGAUAUCAUGUCCCACGUUUAUCACCCUACCCAUAACAUACAGGAUGUGAGUGACGUACGUAACGAAAACUUUGAAGGAUGAUUCAGACCAUGAUUCUGAGUAGAAUUUUCCGUCGCAAAAGUAUGGAACUGAAAAUAAUUAAAAAAAACAUGGUCAUGGUCUGAAUCAUCCCCCUCAGUAUUCGAUGUCACUAACACCCUGUAUAAACAAUGAAGUUGUAAACAUGUGACAGCCAAACAAAGUUCAAUGUGGGAGUUUCCAAUCGACGUUAUCCAAACACACGAUAGAUGGCGUUGUUUGAGCUAGACAACUAAUUUGCCUAAUAGCUUUCGAUGCCAAUAAAUACGAGUACAAUCAUCUGAAUUGAAAUCGGUCUUGCAGAUAUUUUAAAUCUUUUUUCAAUAUCAGUGAAGAAAUUCAAUGUAUUAAUCGGAUCCAGUUUUUAUGUAACAAAGAGAUUUCCAAUUAAUUUGAAAAUGCUUUCAAAAAAGUGUGUAAGCACCAAUAUUUGUUGCUUUAUCCAUGGAACUAAUUGUUCAGGAUCAUACUUAUAUAUAAGCUCAUGCCUUUAAUGGAGAAGACAAGAGUCCCAAGUAAUUAAAAGGCAACUCGCAGCCGAUGUUGAGGCGAAGUUUUGAGUUAGAAUAUGUGCAAAGUGACAUUCUGCAUUCCACCGCCUAUUAUAAUUUCCAUCGCGUUAAAAAUAACUCCCCUCUAUAACUUACUAUAAAAAUAAUACUAACUUACCUUUGUUUUACGUGAUUUAUUGUACCGGACAAAUGGGCGCCUCCGUGGCCCAGUAAUUGAGCGUUGAGCUCACGAUCCCGAGGCCCCGGGUUCGAAUCCCGGUAGUUUGGUUAGGAUGUUACAGGCUGAUCGCCUGAUUGUCCGAAAGUAAGAUGAUCCGUACUUAGGAAGGCAUGUUAAGCCGUUGGUCUCGGUUAAUACUUACUGAUGUAGGUAUGUAGUCGUUACAUGAGCCAUGUCAGGGGCCUUUGGCGGGUCAGUAGUAACCCUGACACCAGGGUUGAUGAGGUUGGUAUUCCACGUCACAACCCACACGAUAAGAAGAGAAGACCCAUUCUUCUCUUCUUCUUAUUAAGAAGAAGAAGAAGAAUGGGGAGCGCUGCGGGCUCUUACCCGGUACAAAAUUUGAGAGAACAGGCCUGAGGGUGACAGUUAGGCGCGAACCUAAUCUCAGGGCGUCGUCUGAAGGAGUCAUAUUAUGUGAAAGAAUUAAUCGACGCUAGUGGAUCGAUAGCGGUAAGCGAAUGAGGGAAAUCGUCGAGCACGCUAACUUAUCAACAACACGAAUUGUGGUAUUAAUUUUUACUUGGAUCAAAAUUAAUUGUAAGAAAUCGAAGUUUGAUUGAAGCAAAUUACAUCAGAAUAUGAUUUACCAAAAAUGUUAAACACAUUUAAAUCACUUGGUUUCCAUUAUAAGGCGACGAAAUACUGACACGAUAAUCCCGAACUAAAUUGGUACUUGGUGCUGUUAAUUCAAAAGGCACUAGAUAAUAUUAUUUUGAUACAAAUACGAAUUUCCCUUUUCCCGUAUUCAUAGCUUUUUCGUCCAAUGAGCAAUUCCAUUCGCUAGCUCGCAUUCAGAAUUUUGCGGUUCAGGGGUUUUAAACAGCGCAUUUAAAUUGUAGUGCAUUUGGGGCCGGUCUUCCGUGCUACGUAAAGUAUAUACGUAGUAUCCUAGUCUUGUAUCUCGUGCUACUUGUAAAUAGCCAAUUUGUUUUCCAAGAACAAAUAGGACUUUUGAACACACUGGCUUUUAGCUAAGGAUUUUGCUUUGAGAAAUCUUCCGUUUAUAUUUACGGAUACAAUUUACACUUGUAAUUCUUAUCAAAGUGAACACAUCCAGAAUUGAUUAUACGGCCUUACCGAGACGCCAUGGCCACGUCGCCGGCGAUGGUCGCCAAAUAAUUCACAUUUAAAUGUGCGGCAGGUAAAUUACUUGGCGAUUUUGGUGACGCUUUGUCAACGAAGCCAUGCGAGCAUUAUUAAAAAAAAAAUGUUUGGCGAUGUUGCCGGCGACGUGGCGCGCAAGUUUCUUUGACGUGAGUUAUUGUAGAUUUGCCGUAGAUGUCAUUAACUACUUUGCCGGAAACCGCGAAAGUGUUUAAUGUCACAUGCAUAGUGCUUCAGUAAAUAGCGAGAGACAAAUAAACCGGAUUAUAAUGUUUGCCCCCGCGACAUAUUUCAAUCUUUUUUAAAACAUGCCCAAAAUGUCAGAGCUCAAUGAACUUUAGUUUAUACACUUGCUACACAAAGAGCGCGACAAUUGGGCAAAGUAUUUUGUAUGGAAUUGAAAACAAAACCACGGGCUCUGGCCCGCUAGAACACCCCAGACACUCCAUACAAAAAACAUAUUCUUACCACGUGCUAUCUUACCACGAGCGAGACAGACAGUCCGCACGAGCUCUCCCUUACUCCUCAGCAUCUUGCGGCAAUUUAGACUAAAUACCAAAGGGCGUGAGGUGAAUCCAGCUCGGCGCCGAUUCGAUGCGGGGCGCAGAGUUACCGUCCUACACGCAGUAAACAUUCUUUACUCCAUGUCACUGGUCGGCGUUGCCAGUUCUGUGUGCAUCAGGGUUUACUUUUGCAGUGGGUAUAUCCCAUAACAGAAAGUCUACAGUGAAACUGUAGUAAAAGACAAUUUAGUCCGGCGGAAUAAAUCCGAAAGAGUGGAAUGAGUUAUACGCUCAUUUAGUCCAAAGAGUUAUGGACUUGCAAAAUUGCAGUUUUGAGGGAUACUUUUUAGGUCACAGUACGUUCACCUUAUUAAACCGAUUACUCAAAUAUAACUGACUAUAUAGUGGGGUUAAAAGUUGAUUAAACAUUAUUCAUACAUAAAGCAUCGAAUUUCCAACUUAUAAUGUUAUGUUUAAUGUUAAAUUAAAUUAUAUGAACUGCAAAGUCAAUAAAAUAAUUAAUUUAGUUACAUGAAAAUGGUAUUCCUAUGAAUAUUAUACAGGCCGCUAGCGACACCGUAACGAAAACUUUGACGGAUUAUUCAGACUAUGAUUCUGAGUUGAUAUCAAGUUGAAUUUUCAUCGCAAAAAUAUCGAAUCGAAAAUGAUUUGAACCACACAAAAUAGUUUACAUAAAUUUUGCGAUGGAAAAUUCCACUUGAUAUUAACUCAGAAUCAUGAGCUGAAUCAUUCCCCUGAGUGUUCAGUACUGUGUCACUAACACCCUGUAUAUUCACAAACCGCAUUUGUAUAAUAAUUUUAUUGAAGUAAGAACCAAUGAGCAAUUUGGUGGCGAGAGCGUCGAAUCGUAAAAUACGAUUGAUUAAGUUAGUAAAUUAUGAAAUUUUGGCCCAAAUGGAAAAUCAUAAAAUGAAAUGGUUAUUUGAAUUGGAAUCUAAAUGAUUUUAAAGCCACACAAAUUCACACUGUCAAUCAAUGGCAGUCGGUCCAUGAAUAUUUGGGCUAACCUCUAUAUGUUAGUACUAGGUUUCACAUAACAUAACAGUAUACGUUCACGACUAUAGCCCAAUGGGGUACCACACGUCACUGAGCUGUCUGUUAAGGUCCGUGUCCACUACACCAUAUACGAAGAACAUAAUAUACCAUCCCGACGACCCGAUUACUCUAGCCAUAGAGGCAGCCAAUCAGAUACCAAACACUUCAGGGCCCCGAUACCGACCCCGCCGGCGUGAUCGAUGAUUUCCCUCAACCAACGCUUAUCGCUAUCGACCCACUAGGGUCGAUUAAUUCUUUCAAAUAUUUUUCCUCUCAGACGACGCCCUGAGCCGAGGUUCGCAGCCAACUGGGCCCUCAGGCCUGUUGUCUUAAACGUUAUACCGGGUGAGAGCCGUCAGCGCUAUCCAUUUGUCCGGUCAAGUAGUUAAUGCCAGCUGCGGGAAAUCUACAAUAAGUAAAAAAAAGAACUACACCGUGCCAUACCAGGACCUGGACCAUGGAUUUCUAUAGCACAAUGCCUACUAGACAGUUCCGUCACCGUAGCGUGGCAUGUGUUGGCAACCCCAACAUUAAAUUUAUAUUUUUUAGUGUGACAACAUUUUUGUCUCUUCACUUCCGUUCUUGCUCUCCAUUUAACUACUGUAAUGUGAACAUUUUUUGUACGAAUUUAAUUAAAUUCAGUGAAUUUUGCUAACUUCUGGACGUUUCAAUCUCAGCCUUAGCCUCAGAUAACCAGUCCUCACAGCCAUUAGGAACCUUACACCCCAAACCUAACAUUGGUCCUUCGAGUAACCUAACACCAUGCAAGGGACCGGCCAUGCACCCUACAGACUGAGAUAGAACGGGAUUGCUCCGUUGCAGUGGGCAUAUACGACACACGUCACUGACGCACCGUCUAUACCUUGUUUUAAAUCGCGACUCAAACGUUGGCUUCUUGAGCACACGUUCUAUAGUUACGAUGAAUUUAUUAAUUUGUAAUUUAGAUAAUUAGGUACUGGACAGUACAGUUCAAAUAUUGUGUAGGUACAUUAUUUGUAUGAAUGUAUUGAUGUAACAAUUUUAUUUUAAUUUUUAAUAUUGUAAUGUGACUAAUUUUUAUCUUGACAUGUAAUACGAAUUAUUACCAAUAAAUUAUGAAUAUGAAUAUGAAUAUAGUGGGCGUCCGGCACGCGCCAGGUCUUUCCUGCCACGGUCCUAUUAUGAUACGGUAUAGUGGGCAGUGAGGAGCUCGGUGGCGCAGCGGUAAACGCGCUCGGUCUGCGAUUGUUGAAGUUAAGCAACUUUCGCAAACCCAUCCUAUGGGUGACCACAAAAAAAAGUUUUCAUCUCGAGCUCCUCCGUGCUUCGGCUGCAUUAGCAGUCGUUAAUAACCAUCAAUUCGCACUGGGCCCGCGUGAUGGUUUAAGGCCCGAUCUCCCUAUCCCGGAAGGCCCGUGCAGUGGGGACGUUAAUGGGCUUGAUGAUGAUAAUGGGCACAGGCCUUUACGCAGACACCACACAUUGACGUUAUCGUACACGCGCAUCUGUGUGUGUGACGUCUGACGCCAAACGAUUCAAGUCUAAACUAUGUUCGGGGGCGGGUGAGGUAAACCUAGCCUAGACGCUGGUGGGGAGCGAAGAGUUGCCAUUCUAUACGUAGUAUUAUUCCUCAUUCUAUGCUUUAGGUAAGGGACUUCGUUAGUGAAGUUAUAUUACCUUUUCUCCUCAAUAUCAUCGUCAUGACGUCAUUCCGAUGUAUCGCCAGUCAGUUAAUAUUUUAGUAAUUUAUUUUCGUUACAUGAUAAAGCAACAAAUCAGUGGAAUUAAUUGUAAGUUUGUCAAAAAAAAAUAAUAUUAAUUAUAAUAAUUCUAUAAAUAAAUAGCAAGCACUGAAUUUCGAUGUUUUACGCAACGUAAAUAUUUGUAAACUAAUAUUAUAUUUACAUAUGUUGAUACGGGAGCUGGACACGUCAAAAUUAAAGGUCUCGACACACACUCGCCGUAGCGGGAGCGGUUCGCAAGCGGGAUUUUUGUAAUGUCUGAAAAAUUUAGUAAGUGAAUUUGUUAGUCUCAGUGGUCUAGUGGUUAGACCAUCGCGCUAACAAUCUGCAGGUCUGGGUUCGAUUCCCGGUGUGGGCAUUGUCGAAAUUACUUAGUGCCCUUUGUUUGACUAGGACAUUUUAGGAUGAAUCACCUGCUUGUUAUAUAAUAUACCCCCUCGGGGUGAUAAAAGGGAGGCCUGUGCCCAGCAGUGGGACAUAUCAAGGCUGAAACGGUUAUGUUAUGUUAUGGUCGAGUUGGUAUGUACAGUCUUGAGUCGCACUAUCAUACAAUGAAAUUUAAUGAGACUUACGGUUUAAUUCGUCAAAAAAGUUAAUGUACUCUAUGUAUAUGUUACUGUAUGUUAUGUAUGUGUUGUUAGUACUCGUGACCGUACACUUCAAUACAGAAUAGUUCCAUACAAAUCCCGCCCCGGAAUGCUCCCGAUAUCGCUGCUGUGUGUAUUAGGCUUAAAUGAUUAAAUUAUAUGGUGUAUAAAAUUAAAAAUAUAUAAUGUAAUGUUGUUGUAAACAUACGUGUUAAUAUUAAGGGUUUUUAUGUUGUUGUUAAAUUGUUAUGUUUUAAGCAAUGUUUUUUUUAAGAAUCUUGUUUGCGAUCCUUCUGUGCCAUAGUGGUGAAGGCUUUGCGGCUGCGAUAUGCGAUUUUAGGGUAAGAAUGCAAGUAAUAAACUUUUUUUUUUCGGCGACAUAGAGUUAUGACGUCAUAAGUUCACAGUUGGCAAUUUGUAAAAGUUUACCUAGGUUGUCAUCACGUCUCAUGUGCCAGGAACCUAUAACCUUCAAGCAGGCGCGUGGUCUUUUGACGCCAGCGGGCGCGCGUAACCGCAAAGACGUUUGGGAUGUAUAAAGGAAAUAAAGCACAAAUUAUUUAAUAAUUAUUUAUUUAUUUGUACUUACAUAUAUUAUCAUUGUCCUUAAAGUAUAAUUUGUCAAAAAAAAGUAAUUAAAAUUAUGAAAAAUAAACAAUUAGUAACCUAAUUAAAAUUGGCGUGUGAUGUCUUCAAGAAUCCCGCUAUGUAUAAUAAUCCGAAAUGUGCUUGGAUUUCCACCGCAUCUGUCUGCACCGGGACUAAAACAGGGAGGAGCAAGUCAAAUAUCUCGGCGUAGUCUUAGAUAGACGUCUUACUUUCAAGGCCCAUAUCAAACGUGUGCGCGAUCGCGCCGUGUUUGUAAUGGGCCGUCUUCAUUGUCUCCUUAACAAGCGAAGUAAAUUGUCCCUUAGGAAUAAGGUGAAAAUCUACACGACUUUCAUCCGUCCGAUCAUGACCUAUGCAGGGGUAGUUUUCGCUCAUGCGAGUCCCUCUCAAAUCCACCGUCUACAGGUAAUACAAAAUCGUUUCAUGCGGAAAGCCACGGGAGCUCCGUGGUUCCUUCGCAAUGAAAAUCUGCACAUUGACCUAGGUCUGCCAACCAUUGCCCAAUGGCUCAAAUUAGCUUCCAAACGUUUUUUCGAUUCUGCUCCGCACCACCCGAAUCCCCUGGUAGUUGCGGCUUCCGAAUACAUCCCGCUUAGGGAUGGUACUGAAAAGUAUCGGCGUCCGAAGGACGUAAUAUACGAUCCCGACGACCCGAUUACUCUAGCCAUAGAGGCAGCCAAUCUGCUCGCGACACCAAACACUUCUGGACCCCGAUACCGACCCCGCCGGCGUGGUCGACGAUUUCCCUCAUUCAGCGCUUAUCGCUAUCGACCCACUGGGGUCGAUUAAUUCUUUCAAAUAUUUUUCCUCUCAGACGACGCCCUGAGCCGAGGUUCGCGCCCAACUGGGCACCCUCAGGCCUGUUGUCUUAAACGUUGUACCGGGUGAGAGCCUUCAGCGCUCCCCAUUUGUCCGGCCAAGUAGUUAAUGCCAUCUGCGGCAAAUCUACAAUAAGUCACGUCAAAAAAAAAAAAAAGGGACUAAAACAAUUGCGAUCUAUGGAGUGGUGGGAGCGCCCCGAGCCACGGUUUAUUCUUUGUUUUACUCCCAAUGACAUAGCGACAGGCUACUAAUAGUGACAAAUAAAUUUAAUAGGUAAUAAUAAUAAUAUGAACGAAAAUGUACUAAGCGCGGUCGAGUCGACUACGCGCGCCUAGCUUGAAGGUUAACAAUCAAUCAAGCACGUAUCCUAGAAAUCACGUGAUACCAAUUUUUUUGAUCAAAACAUGAAUUCAAACUCAUAAAGUAAAGUUCAGUGGCGGUUCAGUGGUUGACAUCUACCCUGUACAGUCAUGAGCAGUAACAUGUACCCACUUUAGAACCCUGUCGCACUGUCAUAUUUGACAUUUAAUGAGACUUACGGUUUAAUUUGUCAAAAGUGUUAAUGUGACAUGGUUUCAAGGUGUAUAUAUAUUAGUACUCGUGGCCGUACUCAAAUCGUCAUUUGUUCCGAUAUGGCAAAGAAUUUUAUGACGUCAUUGAUUAAAAAAAAUGUUCUUCUUCCUCACGCAUACACAUACUACGUAUCACCAUCAUCAUCUCCCUAGCGUUAUCCCGUUUCUCACAGGGUCCGCUUACCUAACCUGAAGAUUUAACAGGUCCGGUUCUUACAGAAGCGGCUGCCUGUCUGCCAUCCAACCCGCGAAGGGAAAACCAACC